AUGGCGCUCAGUCUCUCUGCUCCGCUGCUGCACUGGCACUACAAAACGUGGCAGCGCAACACCGCCGGAUAUCUUCGAACAUUCAUGCGAAACAAGCUUCCCAACAAUGAGAUGAUUGGAUACGUCAUCAACGACAAACAUCCGAAAUCCAUUCGGGUGGCAUGCGACAGGUUCAUGUACGUCAUGCGUUACAAAAAGACUUUCCGGUACACGAAGAAAGUGUGGGCUCACGACGAAGAGAGCGAGGCCAAGCUCGGUGACGUCGUCCGCAUCCAGCCGCUGGGAUACCGAAUAGGCCCAUGGAAAAAUUAUGUUCUUGUCCGCAUUCUUCAUAAGGAGCCGCGAGACUAG